GAGAGAGAGAGAGAGAGAGAGAGACAGGUGCUGCAAGAGGGGAGAGCAGGAAAGAGGAGGAGGAGAUUUCUCUUCGAGCAGAACGGAGAAGAGAGAAGCCGCACACAGUUAUGCAGAGGAAUUCCUAAACAGCUGUCCGGCAGACCUCCUGCUUGUGAGAAACGGACAUCCAGGGCUAAGAGACGGAAAGACAGAGUGAGAGACAGUGAAGAAGAGGAAACCACUGUAGACUACGCUAAAUAGAAGUAUUUUGGGACAGUAAUAUUUCACAAGACAAGCCACUACUUCUGCAGGAAGGACUGAGAGAUUCAUCUUAAGAAGAUAAAUACACAGGUAAAAGACAUCCCAUCUGGACUAUUAGGACCAAAACAGCCCAACACUGAGGUCUGAGGACACUGCCACUAUAUCAUCAACUGUCUGAGAAUGUAACUCCUCUCAUUUUCUGAGGAGAACUCAGAUCAGCAUCAAUUCUGCAUCACAGGAUCGUAAGAUUCAUAAAGACCUCCCUUUCUUCUUUCUCUUCUCUCACGGAUUUUACUAUUCUGAGAUGCCAGCUAAAACUCCCAUCUACCUAAAAUCCAACAACAGCAAGAAAGGGAAGAAGUGUCGCCUAAGAGACAUUCUGUCCCCAGACAUGAUCAGUCCUCCACUAGGAGACUUCCGCCAUACUGUCCACAUUGGGAAAGGGGGUUUGUGUGACACCUUUGGCGACAUGACUUUUCUUCAGGGCAAGUUUGAAUUGCUUCCUGGUAAGAGUGGCCUGGUUCGACCACAAUACGGUGCCCAUGGUGAGUUCAUGCGAGCGAACAGUGCAUCCGAUGCCUCCUACAUUGAAACUCCUUCACCAAUCCUGAAGAAUGCUAUCUCCCUCCCUACCAUUGGUGGGAGCCAAGCACUGACCCUGCCUCAUAUCACUACCACCAUGUUACCCAUGACCCGAGACCCACUAGACGACCUGGUUGGGCCACCCAUUCCACCUGCCAGCUCAGAGGGGACAGAUGAUCUGGAACUCCUGCAAAUGGAGAAUCUUCUUCAAUCCAUAUCUAUCUUCAGACGUGAUCCCAGUCCUGUUCUAGAGGAGGUUAUUGAGAAAUCCUUAUUUCCUAUCAAUCGUGUGGAGAAAUCACUGGAAAAGAAUACCACCAUGUAUACCUCUGAGAAUGAGGAUACAAAGAAGCCAUUGAUGUCUUUCUUCAUCAAUGGCAAUCACAAUGAAAAUGGCAACAGCAUUAGGAAUAACAAAUGCAAAGAAAACAGUCUCAGCAAUAAUAGCUACAAUGACUUGAACAGUGACAUCUUUCAGUAUGAAAAAGAGCUGGCCAGCAUGAAUGGAGAUUGGGAAAACAGAGAUAGUGGUGUAGAGGAAGGACGCAUUUGUGAUUUUGACUUUGAGCUCUCUAAAAGCAAGACUCUCUCUCGGGAGUCUGUGAACAACAACAAUAACACUGGAUCAUUGCUGUCUCUCGAACUAGACUUAGGUCCUUCUAUCUUGGAUGACAUACUCAAUAUCAUGGGUAAGCCUGAGUCUUGAACUUUGCUUCUGGCAGAAGCUGGAAGAGAAAAGAGAGAUUGGUCAGUCAAAUCAAACACGUGAACUAAAAAGGCAGAACUGUCUCAGCGAUACUUCUCCCAGUAUAUUUUUAUCCUGAAAUUCAACUUUCUGUGCUUAACCAGUGUCAUUUCUCUCAUAGGUCAUAAGGGAUGCAUGCUUUAUCAAAUUUAGGGAUGCUACACAGAGAUAUUGUGCCUUUUAAUGUCACUCUUGGGUUAAAUCAAGAACUAAAAUUGUUUGGUGAGCUAAUCAGUGUAAAUAAAAGCAAUACAUUUUACUGUAUGCUGUUCUUAACUAAUGCACAAUGUUACAUGCUAUGUAAUGAUAUUUCUCUAAGAGAUGUACAGCUGUGUGAAUUAUCACCAAACUUGGUCACAACCCCCCACCCCCAACCCCCACCAUGUACAGAUAUUAUAUUUAUACUGACUCUCUCAUUAACUGUGCUACAAAAGCAUCAAAGCAUAUAUCUAUGUUUUCACUGUGUGGAGAUACAAUACAAAAUAAAUGAGUCAAUAAGGAAAUACGUA